AUGGAGCUCUGUGGUGCAACAAGACUUGGCUAUUUUGGAAGAAGUCAAUUUUACAUUGCUUUGAAACUCGUUGCUGUGGCCCAGUCUGGUCUCCCUCUAAGAGUGGAAAGCUUAAAUACAGUAAAGGACCUCCCUCUUCCCAGAUUUGUUGUGUCAAAGAAUGAACAAGAGUCAAGACACACAACCUUGUAUUCUUCAGAUGCUGAUAACCCAGCUUCAUAUUCAGGUGUGAUUCCUCCUCCUCCACCUGGCAGGAUACAAGUCAAAAAAGGCUCUGUGAGCCAUGAUGCAGUUCAGCAGCGUACAUCAACUGAUCAACAGGAGUCCACAUCUCCAGUUGUUUCACCACAGCAAUCCCCACCAACCUCUCCACAUACAUGGAGGAAGCACAACCGCCAUCCCAGCGGAGGGAAUAAUGAGCGACCUGUUGCUGGACCUGGGCCUUUUUGGGCUCCAUUUAGUGAAGUACAACCAGGCUCAUCUACUUCUAGUGAUCCCAUAUGGUCUGGCCAUUCACCACCACCCCAUCAAGAAAAUUGGGUCAGUUUUGCAGAUACCCCACCAGCCAGUGCUCUUUUAGCCAUGCAUCCUGCUUCUGUCCAGGACCAGACAACAGUUCGAACUGUAGCAUCAGCUACAACAGCAAAUGAAAUUCGUAGGCAAUCAAGUAGUUAUGAUGACCCCUGGAAAAUAACUGAUGAACAAAGGCAGUAUUAUGUUAAUCAGUUUAAAACCAUUCAACCUGAUCUAAAUGGAUUUAUACCAGGAUCUGCAGCUAAAGAAUUUUUUACUAAGUCAAAACUACCUAUUCUUGAACUUUCUCAUAUUUGGGAACUGUCAGAUUUUGAUAAAGAUGGUGCACUGACACUGGACGAGUUCUGUGCUGCAUUUCAUCUGGUAGUUGCUAGGAAGAAUGGGUAUGAUUUGCCAGAAAAGUUACCUGAAAGUUUAAUGCCCAAACUGAUUGAUUUGGAAGACUCAACGGUUGGGGAACAGACUGGUGAGGUAGGUUACUCCGGCUCUCCAGCAGAAGCACCUCCAAGCAAGUCUCCAUCAAUGCCAUCCCUAAACCAGACCUGGCCAGAACUGAAUCAGAGCAGUGAGCAGUGGGAGACAUUUAGCGAACGCUCUUCAAGCUCACAAACUCUGACCCAAUUUGAUUCUAACAUUGCACCAGCUGAUCCUGACACAGCAAUUGUGCACCCAGUUCCUAUAAGAAUGACUCCAAGCAAAAUUCACAUGCAGGAAAUGGAGCUUAAAAGAACUGGAAGUGAUCAUGCUAACCCUACUAGUCCACUUCUCGUGAAACCAUCAGAUCUGCCAGAAGAAAAUAAAAUGAGUUCAUCUGUAAAAUUUACAGCUGGAAAUACCGUUACAGAUGGUUACAGCAGUUCGGACUCUUACACUUCAGAUCCAGAGCAAAUUGGAAAUGCUGUAACACGGCAACGAUCACAUUCAGGAACAUCUCCAGAUAACACUGCACCACCACCACCCCCUCCAAGGCCUCAUGCUUCUCAUUCUCGGUCGUCAUCUUUAGAUAUGAACAGAUCCUUUUCAGUUACCCCAGGACAGCAACAGGCUGGAGUUGUUGCCUAUCCCCCUGCAGUGCCUCCAAGACCACAGCCUUCACAGGGCACAGGUCCUCAUGUGCAUCGCUCAGUGGAUGCUGAUGGCCUAAUAGCUCAUACCAGUACCUCACCUCAACAAAUACCAGAACAGCCAAAUUUUGCAGACUUCAGCCAGUUUGAGGCAUUUGCUGUUUCAGGUGUAAACAAAGAGGAAGACGAUGAAAUUGAAACACACUCAGAAGCCUUGCAGGUGGAAAAGCCCUCUGAUUCUGCAAGUUCUCUUAGAGUUGCCAAAGCAGAUGGAAGAGUUGAAGACAAAGCACCUGCAAAUGUCCCCAGUAGUGCGGGUAAAGGCACUACCCCACUUGCUCCACCACCGAAGCCUAUUCGUAGAAGAUUAAAAUCAGAAGAUGAGCUAAGACCUGAAGCUGAGGAACAUACACAGAAAACAGGUGUCAUAGCUGCUGUUCUUGCUUCACAGCCAUCUAUUCCUAGAUCAGUGGGGAAAGACAAGAAGGCAAUUCAGGCAUCAAUCAGACGUAACAAGGAAACCAACACUGUUUUGGCCAGAUUGAACAGUGAACUACAGCAGCAACUAAAGGAUGUUCUUGAAGAGAGAAUCUCCCUGGAAGUCCAACUGGAACAACUUCGACCCUUCUCUCACCUCUAAGCCUACUGCCGUUAACUGUGAAUUUACUAAUUUUGAAAGGGGUAUUGGUUUCAAGGCCUAUUUAAAUAUCCAUGCAUCUAGCUCAGUGCACUCUAUUCUACAU